AUGCGGCCAGAGCCGGUCGCGGCGGAUGGUCCCCAAACUAGUACGGCACCAGACUGGAGGCUGAUGCCAACAGCGACCAGGAGCGAAUGGGCGCGAGCCCUUCGCUUGCUCCGAACCUUGGAGCAACAAAGGCUGGAGAAGACGUGGCUGUCACUGGAACCGACUUCGAAGCUUAUCCAGGGUCGGCUGCAGCCCGAUAUCUGCGCACAUCAAACGAGGUUGGCCACAAGUGCAGAAGCAAGCUCCGGAUCCAGGCCACUGGUCUGCGCCCGAGACCAGAACGAAGCUCCGAGGAGGGCUUUCUUCCACCUCGCAGCAGGUCUGAGCGGCCAGCGAUGGCGCCGUGCGCUGGUGCUCCUGGUACGACGGCCGCGCCCCGACAAUGACGAAGAGACCAACCUAGUGGAUGCAGUGAAGACGUCCAAGUCCAAGAGCACAAUCAUUGGAGCUCCGGGGGAAGUUGAAGCCACUGUGGUACCCUACGAGAAAUGCAGAUGGGACUUCUUCCUGAGCCACAAGCAGUCGAAUGCACAGGAUGCCGUCCAGAACCUGCGCUUGGCCAUAGGUGAGAAGUUCAUGGGGGCAUCGUUUUGGUUGGACAUCGAGCAAGAUCCAACAGUCAGGGGCAUGUGCUAUGGAGUGUGCCACUCCAGAAACGUGCUUGUCUUCCUCACAGAGGGGAUCUCGGAGAGUAAGUUUUGUCAGAUGGAGAUGAGAUGGGCAAUAGCUGCGAAACGGAACAUCAUACUUGUGAUGGAGACCGACGACCGCCACGGGAAACCGAACAUGAAGGAGCUCAUCAACAAGUGCCCCGAGGACGUGCGGCACUUGUUUGAGGAGAUCCCGAUCAUUCCGUGGUUCCGAGAUCCGGAGUUCCGGUCGGUUUCCGUGGAUAAGAUCGUUCGCAACAUUGCAAAGGAUCCAAGGAAGAUGGAUGCCGACAAGAAGAAGUCGAAGCCACUGGUCUACGGCAACGGGGACUCUGAGGAGGGAGCAGAAGUCUUCGAUCAAGCCUUCGUCAAGUUCACGGCCGCCUGUGGCGUUGCACUUCCAGGUGCCGGACGGCGUACGAAGUGUUGGGCGGUCGCAGUCCGCGUUAUCCUCCUCACCUGUGGCAUGAUGUGCUGCAGCAGACUGGCAACCCCGGAGGGACCUGGUUUCCUGGACUACCUCACCAUUGUUCAGAUUGUAGCGGCCCAUCCGAUGAUCUUCUUUUUGCUCCAUGUGGUCCUGGUCAUCUUGCAGUCGCCGCUAGUCGCCGACUUGCUGGAGAAUCAUAUCGACGUUGCGAGCGAGGGCAAGAAGCUCCGUUUUAAAACGAAGCUUCUGACUGCCCUCGUCUUUCUCUUGACUACUACAUUAUCCCUUUGGGGAUGGGUCGGCUACCUCCCUGGCUUCUUCUCGGCGUACUAUCUGACCGCUGCGGAAGAUGGAAAUCCGGUGCCAGAUGCACUG